CUUGUUCAGAAUUAUUUGUAAUUUCUCAAUCAUCCGCUUCAACUAUUGAAACUUACUAUAAUAAAGAAAAUUAUAUAGGCCCUGUGGAUCCAAAUCUGGUACAAAAUAUUACAUCUAAUCUUGAAGUUUCUGAAAACUCUAGUCCACAAUUACAAUAUACCGAUUCUAUUAUUAGCAAAGUUAGCAUGGUUAAUGAUAAUGUAAUCCCGAAUAAAACAAAAUUUCAACCCAGCAAUGCUAACUUUAUGCUUUUAUAUGAAAAACUUUGUGAUGCUAUAAUUCUUGCUAAUUGUAAAACCCAAGAAGCUAUAAUGUGUUAUUGCCUAUUUGGAAAGGCCCUUAUUCAAAGACGUAAUGAAAUAGCAUCAAAAAAACAAAUUGAUUUAGAAUCAAAUAUU